AUGGAUUUCGGUAUGAAUUGUGCAGGGUUUGGAGUUUGGAGUAAAUAUGUACCAUUAAGUAAUGUUGUAUAAAUUGGAGAGAUUGGAAUACUUGAUAGUAGUUGUUUCCAUGAGUUUAGAAUUUAGGAUUAGAUAAAUAAUCAAUUGUAUUUUAUAUAAUAUGAUUGUGUCAAUUUUGAAUAAAAAACAAUCAAGAAAUAUGUUUAAUUUUUAGGUAGAGAUGGUAGUGAUUUUAAAGAGGAAAUACCAAUCAAUUAAGUAUCAUAUGAAUUUAUUUGUAUUUUUAUGGAUUCAUAACUAUUCCUUCAUAAAAACAAGUUAUUAUAUAAGAAAAAAACACUUAAUUUUUUUCAAAAUCAAUUUAAAUUGAAUUUCUUUAAGAUAAUAAAAUAAAUCCUAACUUAAUAGUUGGAGGGGAUUUCAAAGUAAGUUAGAAUUCACCACUUUAUACACUUGAAAAUAGUUUACUUUCUUUCUAUCCAGGAAAAAUAAUGUAUCUAAUUAAUGCUUAUUUAAAUGAGCCUGACUAUUUCGAAGAGAUUAUCACUUAAGAUAUUGAAAGGUACAGUGAUUGUUAAUAAAAUCCAAGAACUGAAAUAGGCGAUUUUUUAAUAUAAAAUUAAGAUUUAUCUUAAUUUUUACUCUAACAAAUAAAUAAUUAAGAAUUUUUAUUAUCAAGUUGGAUAAAAAUUAUGGAAAUUUAAUAAUACUAGGAUGAAUUUUAUUUUUAAUUGUUUAAAUUAUCAAGCAAUUUUAAUAAUCCAAAAAUGAUCACAGAAAAUUUAUGUUAAUUUCAGUUAUUUUACAAAAUCUCAUCUUUAGGAAACCAAAUCAUUGUCACAACAUAUAGUUUUACAUUUCCGGUUGUUAAUAUUGAUUUUUCAAACGAUCCCUUUUUAAAGACAUAAACAUUCGACAUAGCUUGCGAUAUCUAAUUAUGGCAUUAUAUCCUAGUAAAAAAGACAGAAACCUCUAUUUCAAUUUCAAUAACAUUUUACUAAGGUUUUGAUCAAAUAAAAUUUAAUAUGAAUUUAGAAGUUAAUCAAUUUAAUAUGGUUUAAUUUAAAUUGCUUUAUGGUAAUAUUUUAUAAUCUAAAUUAAAUUAUUUAAAUAUAUAAAUUGUAGGUUUAAAGUUAUUAAAUUGUCUAGAAAGAUAUCAAUCAUAUAUAAAUUGCCAUCCUAAUUGUAAGGAAUGUGAUGGUCCAACAAAAAAAGAUUGUGUGUUUUGAAUCAUCAAAUAGAAUAUAUUUACCAGAUUUUAAAGAAUGCAUCUGUGUUUAUGGAACUAUUGAGUUGAACGAUCUAUGUAUCAAUUAUUAAUCUUUAUAAUUUGACUUAAUUUAAGAAAUAUCAUUGAAAGAAGAAUGUCAAUAUGGAUUUUUUGAAAUAAAUAAUGAGUGCUAUUAAUGGUAUUAUUAUUAUAUAAUAGAUAAGUCCAUCAAUAAUUAACAACAAUGUUAUAACAUGUUUGGAAUGUGUAUAAAAUCCUAAAUAAUGGGGUCAAAUUCUUUUUUGUUAAACAAUAUUAACGACAGAUAACUAUGGAAACACUUCAAACUACUUGACAGAUCAAAAAUUGCAAUAUAUUUUAGUAGGACAAGAUGUACAAUACUGUUCAGAUUGCAAUACAAUUAAAUAACCAUAAAUUUAAGUUGAUCAAGUUGAAUCGAUAUUUAAAUUUAAAAGAUUUUGUCAAUCACUACAAAAUGAUUGUUAUUAAUGCCCAGAAUUUUGUCUAAAAUGUUACCUUAUAGCAACAAAUUUAAAAUGUUUAAACUCCUAAGAAAUAUAUUUUCCACCUUCAUUUUUCUUGAACGAAUAAAUUUUGCGAACCUCCUAAUUUUGUAGAUUUUUAUAAAAAAUGUGUUACUUGUAAAAUCAAGAACUGUUUAUAUUGUUUUAAUUAUUUAGUAAGUGAUCCUAAAAAAACUACUUUAGAGUUUUAUCAAGUUUAAACUUUAAUAGAUGAAGAGAUUAAAGAAGGUUGUGCAUAAUGUAAUGAGGAAUUUGUUUUUGAUUUCAAAAUAGGAUAAUGCAUAUUAUAAAAGCCAUCAUAAUAAAAUUGUUUAAGAUCUUAUAUUAAUUAAGACGAAAAAGAAAUUUGCAUAUUAUCCGCAAUUAAUGAUUUCAGUUUUGCUUUAGAAAUAAUAAAUUGUCAAAUUCACCUUUUAAAUUGUAUGCAAUGCAUCUAAACUCCAUAAAAAACUACAAAAUGUUUAAUUUGCUGAAUUUGCAAAACAAUUUUUUGAAGAGAAUAAUUUAGAACCUUGGAAAUGGUUAGUUAAAGGUUUUGUAAUUUAAUACUUACCUAAUUCGGCUUUAUUUAAUGGUAAAUUAAUGAGACCAAGGUUCUUGGAAACCUAAUGUAUAAAAGGAUAUGAAAAAAUACAAUAUGUAUGCAAAAAAUAUUGUGAUGAAAUGUGUUCUGUUUGUGAAUCUAGUAAUAUUUCAAGAAAGUUUUUUUGUUCUAAACCAAAACUUAAAAAUUGCAUAAUUUUGUUUUUAAAAUAAUUGCAACUACAAUUCAGAAAUGAAUUAUGUAUUUAUAGUAUUUUAUUAAGGGGGAUUUUUAUUGUAAUUAUUUGGAUAAUUUUCAAUCUGAUUUAAGUCAAUAUUAUAAUUAUCAAUAUUUCAAUGAAAUAGGGCUUAAAUAUAUGACAUUAACACUUCAACUACCAGAAUACAAUUGUGAAAUUUACCGAUCUGAAUAAAUUAUUGAAAAUACUUUCAAAGAAAAUAUAUUUUCAGUGUAAUAAAAAAAAGUAAAACUUCAGGGCAGAUCAAAUCCUAUAUAUUUAAUGACUGAUCAAUUUAAAUUGUCAAUUUUAAAAUAUGAUGUUAUCAUAUUAAAUCAUCUGAGUUUUCUGAUAUAGAAGGAGUUGGUUUUAAUAUUUAAAAAUAGAGACUUAUCAAUUGUUUAAAGGUAGUUAACACACAAUUUUAUUCAAAUACAAAUUCUCCAAUCUAUAUGUCUAUUCUAGGAGAGAGCUUCAUUAAUGUAAAUAUAUAAAAUGUUUCAAUUUUUAAUAUUAGUAUUGAGAAUUCAAUAGUUUUUAAUCUUAUUUGCGCAGAUUAAAACGCUGAAAUAAUAAUUAAUAAUUUUCAACUUUAAAACUGUAGAUUCACUAAUUCUACAAUAUUUUUAUUAUAAAAUAUUAGAAGAAGCAUACAUAUUGAAAACUUUUCCAUUGAUUCCUGUGAAUUUUAUAAUUCAACAAUAAUGCAUUUCUAUCAAACUCAGAAUCAGUUAUCUAACAUUAUUUUUAAAGGGAUGCUUAUCGUAAACUCGUUACUUAAUAAUUUAAAUCUUAUCUAUAGUGUUGAAAAAACUGUUAUAACUAUCAGCAAUUUUUAAAUUAUUUAAAAUUAGAUAAUUAAUUCGAAAUUUAUCAUUUUUAAUUAUGACUUUUUUUGUAGUAAUAUUUUCAUGAACGGAAACAAGUUAAUUUCAAUUUAAUUUAUUUCAUAGGUCUCAUCAGUACUCUUAAAUUAAGCAAUUUAGAUGAAUAACAUUUCGAUUCUAGCAAAUACUGUAUAAAAUUUUUCUUUAUUUUUUAUUAUAUAUUAGGAAUCAAUUUUUAUUUUAUUUUCCUUUUAUAUUUAUUUAAUUUAUUAUUAAUUUCAGCUAUUAAUAAAAAUAAAUAAAUUUAGAAGAUUAUUAAUACAGAAUAAAAAUAAUCAACAUCUUAAGUUAGGUAUUUGUUACAAAACCUUUAUUUUGAGGAUAAUAUUAUUUCUUGUAAUUAAGAGUAGUUUCUUAUAACCAUUAACAGUUUUAGCUUAAUUAUCAAAAAUAUCUUUUUAAGAAAUACUAAGAAUUAUCGUUUGAUUUCCUUAUAAGUCAUUCCAUUGAUAAUAAUUGAAAACAUCGUAUAUUAUAAUUGGCAUUAGGAAUAGAAAGUUCAAAUAUCACCUGAUUGUUUCAAAAAUUGUAUUUUUCGUUCAUAAUUACUAUAAGUUUCUGGAUUCACUAAUAUUACUUUAAAUAGAAUUACAAUAAAAAAUUAGUUUAGCAUAGAUUAUUCAAUAAUUUCCAUAUAAUCUAAUCCUUUAACUAUAUUAAAUUAGAAUGAGUAAAUUUUCAUUAAAGAUGUGGAAGUGAAAGGAAAUAUUUUAAUACAAUAAUAUUUAGGAAUAAUUUUUUCUCUUAUUGAAUUAUAUUCUGAAAAGCCUUAAUUUAUAAAGAUCGAUAAUCUAUUAUAUGAGUAGAAUAUCCUUCAUUAAUAUAAUAAAGAUCCAUCAAAAACUUCAGCGAGUCUUUUAUAUGUCAAUUCACCUUAGAGUUUCAUGAUGUUAACUAAUAUCUAUUGUUUUAAUAAUACUUUGACAAAUUCUUCUUAGUCCUAUUUUUCUCUAUUUUUAUUUGAAAUCUAAAUAGAUAAUUUUUAGGUUUCCAAUCAUAAUUACAUUGAUUAAGAAUUGUGGAUUUAAUAUUAUGAAAUUGAGUUAUAGGAGGAGUAUAAUUAAAAUGAAAUUACUAAUGUUAUUUCAUAAUCAUUUAAAAUUGAGAUUAUUGGGGGAGUUUUAUCAACAACUGUUUCUAAACUCACGAUUUUCAAUGGAGUAUUCAAUUAUAUAAAUACUUUAAGUAGUCAAGUAUUUAAUAUCAAUACAUAAGGAGAUGGAAUAGUAAUUAUAUAAAACUGUAGUAUUAUUCAUGCAUACAAUUUACUAACUUCCAAAGUUCAAAAUGAUGGCGCUUUUACAAUUAAUGGCAAGAAUAGUUUAUUAUUUAUCAAUCUUUAAAAUAUUACUUUUAAAGAUGUUUAAAAUAGACUAUCAUCAUCCAUUUUUUCAAUAUAUCCUUCAUCUGCAUAAAAUAACAUCUAAAUUAGAAAUAUAUUUGCCAAGGAUUGUUUUUCACUUGUUAAUUAAAUAAUAAAUUUUGAAGCUGAUUUUUAAAAUGCCUAAUAAAAUAAAGUGAAUAUCGAAAAUUUUAUGAUAAUUUAGAAUGUUCACGCCUUAAUGAAUUUCCUUUAAUCUCUUGGAUCAAUAAGUCUAAUUGAAAUUCAAAAAGUUAUUAGCAAUAAUGCAAUAAUGAAUUUCUAAGGAUGUGAAUUAUUGCUAAAUGGAAUACCAAUUGAAGGAAUUGUUUUAUAUUCUUUAAUAAAAGUUUUAGAUUCAAAAUUGAUUUCAUUAAUUAAUUGUAAAUUUAUAGAUGUUAUAACAUUCUAUCCUUUGCAUUUAGUGGAUAUAUAAAAUAAUAAUAUUUAGCAAUCAAGAAUAUAUCUUAAUAAUAUUACAAUAUCAAAUUUAAAAGAUUUCGCAUAAAUUUAAAAGAAUUUAAAAUCUUUUGAUUAGAAUCAUAUUGAAUUUGAAUUUCAUUAAUGCAGCUUGAAAAGUAUUUAUGUAGUCUAAAAGAUUCGUGCAGAAGAGUUUUUAUAAACCUUUUUUGAUGAUUUAAUUAGUUAUUCGAAUAAAAACGGGUCUUUAAUCAAUAUGAAGACUGUUACAGAUAAAACUAAAGUAUCAUUCUCAAAGGUUAUGUUAUUAAAUAAUAACUGUUCAUAUUGUCAGAAUGGUUUACUUUACUUUGAAUUGAAUAAUUUUCAGUAAUUUCAAAUAUCAGAAUUAUCAUGCAUUAAGAAUUCAAUAAAAGACUAUGGUUGUAUAUGGGCUAAAUCAAAUAUGAGAGUUGAAAACAUUUUAAUAAUUAAACAUUCUACUUUUAUUUCUAACAUAGGUAGAUUGGGAUCAGGAAUUUUAGUCUAAAAUUUAAGAGUAAAAAUAUCAAAUUCAAAAAUUAUUUAUAAUUUUGCUACUUUUAGUGGAGGUGGAUUCUAUUUUGAAGAAGGUACUUAAAGAUUUAUUAUUAAAUCUACUAUAAUUAUUAAUAAUUCAGCAGAAGAGGCAGGAGGUAUUUAUUUAAGUGGAAAUAGUAGUUUAAAUACAAAUAAUUUUAUGUAGUCUCUACUCUUAUUUAAUUUUGCUAAGAUGGCUUCAAAUAAUAUUAAUGAAUUACCUAAUCAUUUAUCUCUAUCUAUAAAUUAGGUAGAAAUGCAUUAAUAAGUAAGAAUAAUGGGAAAUAGUUCAUAUUAAGUUUUAGAAAUAAAACCAUUUAAUAUUAUAUCUUAAGAUCAUAUAAUAUAAACUAAUUUUUUAUUUAUUCCAAGUGGUUAAUAAAUAUUGAAUUUUGAACUUUAUAAUCCUCAGGUUUUAAUAUAUUAAUCAUGUAUAAAUGAAUUUACAAUUAAAUUUAAGAAUAGUAUGAAUGAACAACAAAUAAACUUUCUAAACUCUACAAGCAAUGUGCAAUAAUAAAUUUUUGAUAUUAAAUCUUAAAAAGUAAUUGAAUUGAAUACAAUAUCAACAAUAAAUUUUAAUCAUUAAAUUAAGGGCUUUAAUCUAGGUUUAUUAUAAUUUAAUAUGGAUCCAUACAACCAAUAAGAUAAAAAGAUAUAUGAAAUUUUAGUUUUAUGUAAAACAGAAUAUCAAUAAGAGAGUUUGGCUUAUAGAAUGAAAGUUAAAAGCUUCUUAUGCUAAUUAGGUGAAUUUUAUAUUUCUCAUGGAUGCCAAAAAUGUUAAUCAGAAUAAGGAUUCUAUUCAGUGACUUAUAAUAGUACAAAAUGUUCACUUUUUGAUCAAAAUAAAUUUGAAGCCAUUACAUCUAAUAAAAUUAACUUAAAGCCUGGAUUUUGGAGGCCAAGUUAUAUUACAGAAAAUGUAGAAUUUUGUUUAUAAAAAUCCAAAUCAUUAUUUAGGAGGAUGGGUAAUAGGUGAUGACCUUUGCUUUAAAGGUCAUAUAGGAGCAUUAUGUGAAGAAUGUGAUAGAUAUAAUUUAAGAGGAGAUGGUUAAUUCUUUAAAAACUAGUAAUAAUUAGAUUGUUAACAGUGUGAUGAACUUUCAAAGAGAUUGAUAGCCUUUUUCUUAGUAUCAAUUUGGUAUAAAUUAUUAAUAUUUUUUAGGGCUCUUCUUUCAACACUAUUAACUAUUAGCAGCAUUGAAUAAACAAAUUAAUUAUAUGCAUAGCUUAAGCUUAGAUAAAAUUAAAAAUUUGCAGAAAUUUUAUUCAAACUCUAACAAGGUAUUAUAAAAUAAAUAUAUUAUAUCAUGAAGUAUUUAUCUUAAAUUAUUUCUUAAUUAUUUAUGGAUUUUUUCACUCAUUUUUACAUAUAAUAUUAAUUUCUCACUAUCUUUAAACAUUGUAAUCCAUCAAAUGAUACUUCAUAUUUUAUGGCUAAUUUUUUUGAAUGUCUGGUAGCGGAAAUAAAAAGGAUAGAUUUAAUUUAUAGUAGAAUAUUAGUAAUGUUUGGAAUUAUUGUCUGUUAGAUAUUGAUUAUUUUUAUUGGAUUUUCAUUAAUAUCAAUUCUAAAAAACUAAAAAUUUUAGAGUAGAAUUAUUUCAAUUACUGCUUUAUGUUUGUAUAUUUAAAAUUAUGCAUCCUUAAUAAAUCAGUAAAAAAUUAUUAAUAUUAAAGAUAUUUUUCAAUACUGGCAGUUAGAAGAAUAUCAGAUUUGGAUUAUAUAUAAGGUGAUGUAUCCAUGAUUUAUGGAUCAUCAAAUCAUCUCACUUGGAUAUAUGGAUUUGUAUUCAUGGUUCCUUAUUAAUAGGAUUAAUUCUACCAAUAAUAUUAUUUUUCCUUAUGUACAUAAAUAAAGAUUAGCAUAAAAAAAUAAA